CUGAGGGGGGCUGAGGGGGGCUGCGGCGGCGGUGGUGGUGGCGACGGCGGCUGCGGAGCGGACUGCGCAGUCAGCAUGGCGCACCGGUGGCGUCUCAGUGGCGCGAGGUUCUCGGCAGGAGCCCGGAGCGCGACUCGACUCUGCUGAGCGCGAGCGACGGGCAAGAGGGAGCAGCGGGAGCGGAGGGAAGCGCGGGCGGGGAGGGAAGUGAGGGAGGCUGCAACCCAGCCCGCCGACUCAAUCGUCUCCAACCCCACCACCAUCACCGCCCCCCCCAAACCCCCCAACCCCGAGGCCAUGUGGGCCCCGCGGUGGACGGCGGCGCUGCUGGCCCCGCUGCUGCUGGCGCUACCGUGGGGCCGCGCCGACGAGGUGAGCUACCGCGUGCCCGAGGAGCUGCCGCCCGGCAAGCUCAUCGGCAGCCUGGCGCGCGACCUCGGCCUCCGGGAACCCUCGGCCGCCGCCGGCGCCGCCGGUGGCACCGCUGGCGCCGGCGGCGGCGGCGGCGCCACCGGCGUGCGACUCUCCUACAAGGUGGUGUCCAAGUCGGACGGGCCCCCCAUGGUGCGCGUGGACAACGCCACGGGCGACGUCUUCACCACGGAGGCGCCUCUGGACCGUGAGCGCGCCUGCCCGGGGCCUGCCGAGCGCCGAGACGGCACGCCCUGCCACGUGGACGUGCAGGUCGUGGUGCUGCCCAACGAGCACUUCCGCCUCGUCAAGGUGCGCAUCUACCUGGAGGACAUCAACGACAACUCCCCAGUGUUCUCGGCGCCGGUGCUCAACGUGACUGUGCCUGAGAACUCGCCGCUGGGCGCCCGCUUCCCGCUGCCCACGGCGACGGACGCGGACGCGGGGCGUAACGGCGUGCAGCGCUACUCGCUGGCGCGGCGCGACGACGCCUUCGCCCUCGAGGUGGUGGACAGCGCCGACGCCGAGAAGUCGCCCCAGCUCGUGGUGCGGGCGCCCCUCGACCGCGAGCGCCGGGACGCCUACGAGCUGCGCCUGCGCGCCGAGGACGGCGGGAGACCCCCGCGCACCGGCACGGCCGUCCUCCGCGUGCUCAUCGGCGACCUCAACGACAACUCGCCGGCGUUCGAGCGCGACCAGCUGGAGGCGACCGUGCCCGAGGACGCGCCGCCGGGGACGCCCGUGGCGCGCCUGAGCGCCGCCGACCCGGACGCCGGCGCCAACGGCGAAGUGGUCUACUCGCUGGCGCCGCGCACGCCGCCGGCGUCGGCCCGCCUCUUCGAGGUGGACCCCGCGACGGGAGAGGUGAGGGUGCGGGGCGCCCUCGACCGCGAGGAGGCGCCGGUGCACCGGCUGCUGGUGCUCGCCGCCGAUCGGGGCCCGUCGCCGACGCCGGCCACCGCCACCGUGGUCGUGGCGCUCGCCGACGUCAACGACAACGCGCCGGCCGUCGCCGUGCACGCCAUCGCGGCGCCCGUCGACGGCGCCGUCGAGAUAUCCGAGGCGGCGGCGCCCGGCACGCCGGUGGCGCUCGUCGAGGUGAGCGACCCGGACGCGGAGCAGAACGGCGCGGUGACGUGCCGCGUGGAGGGCGCCGACGGCGGCGGGCCGGCGGCGUCGGCGCCGCCGUUCCGCCUGCGCCGGGCCUACCCCAACAACGCUAACCACUACCUGCUGGAGACGUCCGGCGUGCUCGACUUCGAGGCCAGGCGAGAGUAUGACGUGCGGGUGGUGGCGUCCGAUGCCGGCGCCCCUGGCCUGUCGGGCUCGGCGACGGUGCGCGUGCGUCUGCGCGACGAGAACGACAACCGGCCCUACUUUGCACCGGCCGUCAUCAACGCGUCGGUGUACGAGAACGGGGCGCCGGGUGCCGCCGUGCUCACGCUGCGCGCGUUCGACCGCGACAGCGGCGCCAACGGCGCCCUCACCUACGAGCUGGGGCCCCGCGCGCCGCCGGUGCUCCGGCUCGACCGGGCCACCGGCGCGCUCACCGUGAGCGAGCCGCUCGACCGCGAGGAGGCGGCGCUCUACCGCUUCACGGUGGUGGCGCGCGACGGUGGCUCGCCGGCGCUGGAGGGCGACGCGACGGUGUUCCUCCGCGUGCUCGACCGCAACGACAACCCGCCGCGCUUCGCCAGCCGCGAGUUCAACUUCUUCCUGUCGGAGAACCUGCCCAGCUACAGCACCGUCGGCGUGCUGAGCGCCACCGACGCGGACGAGGGCCGCAACGCCCUGGUCACCUUCUCGCUGGUGCGCGACAGCGACGUGUUCGCCAUCAACCCGGUGACGGGCAUGAUUCGUGCCAACGCCUCCUUCGACCGCGAGCGGGUGUCCGCGUACGAGUUCGACGUGCGGGCGACGGACGCCGGCGAGCCGCCCCGUACAGCGACGGCACGCGUCACCAUCCACGUGAUGGACGUGAACGACAACGCCCCCAUCGUCCUCAUGCCCGCCACCAACUCGAGUUUCCGCGUCGUCUCGCCCGCUGCCGGGCCCGGCACCCAGGUUGCCGAGAUCGUGGCGCUUGACGGCGACGGAGGCCCCAAUGCCGCCCUCGCCUACACCGUCGUCGGCGGCUCCGGCGGCGGCUCCGGCGGCGGCGCCGACCGGCGGCCCCUCUUUGCCGUCGACCCGGCGACCGGCAACGUGACGCUCUCGCGGGCCCUCGGCCCCGAGCACCGGGGCCUCCACCGGGUGGCGGUACGGGUGAGCGACGGUGGAUUCCCGGAGCCCCUGAGCGCGCUGGCGCUCCUCCACCUCUUCGUGAACGAGACGCUGGGCGACGCGGCGCUGGUGCGUGAGAUGGUCGCCCGGAGCAACCGUCUGCCCCUCGAUGCCAGCGGGCCCGUGGGGGGCGGCGGAGGCGGCGGCAGGGCCGGCGCCGGGGUCGUCCGCGGGGCCCGAGGGGUCGAGGGCCGGGCGAUACACCAUCCUGGUGGCCAUGGCGGCCGGGGCGGCCAUUGUGAUCCUGCUCAUUGUCGCCGUGGUGCUCGCCCUGCGCUGCCGCGGUGGUCGCAUAAAGAACGGCGGCGGCGGCGGCGGCGGCGGCGGCGCCGGGGUGUGGCGGGGGAAGGCGAGCGAGAACUGGCUGUCGGCGUCGCCGGGGGCGCACGAGCGCGAUCCGUCGUCCAAGCCGCCGCAGGCGCCGUACAGCAUCGUGACCAUCGAGGAGGCCAAGGGACCGGGCGACGAACCGACGUACCAGUCCAUCGCCGAGGCGCUGGAGGAGGCGUGCGGCGGCGUCGGCGGCAUCGGCGGCGUCGGCGAAGACUCGCGGCACACUGUCAUCCCGCGGCACAGCACUUUCCGUCCUCGCGACCCCAGCCCCGACCUCCUGGGCCGGCUACCCAGCCGGGUCCAGCAGCAGCCGCCUCCUCCUCCUCCUCCUCCUCCGCCUCCUCCUCCUCCUCUGCCGCCAAUGGCGCUGUCGUCAUCGUCGUCCUCGUCGCUGCUCCUGUCGCCGGCGCUUCCGUCAGCGGCGGCAUCGGCGUCGUCGGCGUCGGCGUCGGCGUCGGCGGUGGCGGCGUUCCAGGCGCUGAGCGAGUCCAAGCGAUCGUCGUCGUCGAGCGGCUCGGAGCACUACAGCGCGUCGGAGAGCAGCUGUUCACAGCAGGGCACGAGGGGCACCCACGGACCCGCGGCGCUCCCCACCACCUCCUCGUCCUCGUCCUCGUCGCACCGCUGCAAGCAGGUGGGUGAGCGUCGGCGGUGAGCGUCGGCGGUGAGCGUCUGCGGCGAGCGUCGGCGGCGAGCGUCGGCGGCGAGCGUCAGCGGCGAGCGCGCGCCGGGUUACACCGGAGUGGACCAAGGCGCGCUGGAUAUGCAUCUGUGUAAGGAUGAGAUGGUGGACACUCGAGAAGACACGCGGGGUCACGGGCGCGAGCGGAUACAGGAGAACAUACGAACGGCACUCACUCACUCUGUAGAACAGGGGGAGAUCACACAAACUCCACUCACACACUCUGUAGAACA